UAGCAGGUUAAAGAGCCACCUUUCCCCCUCCUCACCUCUCAAUACCUUUCUCACAUCCUGAGGCCUAUUUUACUUGAUUCUAAUCUUUUCUCUUUUCAUCGACUGGUUUCCUGCGGACGCUCUCUCUGCCGAAAAUGGCUCCAGUAAGCGACCGUGGUGUCCGUAUCGGCGGUGCGUCAGGAGGCUUCUCCGACAGAGUAAUUGCCAUUGAGCGGCUUGCCAAAAAUGCGGAAUGCGAUGUCAUCGUUGGUGACUGGCUAUCAGAAAUGACCAUGACGAUUCAUGGUGCAGGCAAGAUCCGAAAUAUCCAGAAAGCUGGGUCACAACCGGAAUCACUCGAAGAGAGUGUCAAGAACGCCAUGUUCGCAGAGAAUUUCAUAGAUUGUUUCAAGCCUGCAAUCCCCUAUCUGGCGCAGAAUAAGCUGAAGUUGGCUGUGAAUGCUGGAGCUAGUGAUUCAGAAAUUCUUGCCAAGUUAGUUAAGAAGAUGUGUGAGGAUGCUGGACAUCCGCUCAAUGUCGCCUGGAUUGAGGGUGACGACGUUACAGAGGAAGUCAACAAACUAAUUGCCAAGGGCGAGAAGUUCGAGAGUUUGAUGCAUGGCAAGAACUUGGAGGAGUGGGGUUUCGAUCCGAUCUGUGCCCAGGCUUACCUAGGCGGCCUCGGAAUUGCAGAGGCUCUAAGACAAGGUGCUGAUAUUGUGAUUUGUGGACGUGUGGCCGAUGCUGCACCUACCAUUGGUGCUGCUGCGUGGUGGCAUGACUGGAAGCCAGACCAGUACGACGAACUCGCUGGAUCUCUUGUUGCAGGUCAUUUGAUCGAGUGUGCAUCAUACGUGUGUGGCGGUUACUAUUCAGCCUUCAAAGACCUUAUGAAAGCAGGCAAGCAUCUGAAUGUUGGCUUUCCUAUUGCAGAAAUCAACUCAAAGGGUGAAUGUAUCCUCUUCAAGGAGAAACAUACUGGUGGCUGCAUUACCGUUGGAUCCGUUACUUCGCAAUUGCUCUAUGAAAUCCAAGGUCCUCUUUACUACAACUCUGACGUCGUUGCACAAUUAGAAGGCAUCCAAAUGGAACAGCUUGGCGAAGACAGAGUCUUAAUUAAGGGUGUCAAGGGACUUCCACCACCACCCACGACUAAGAUUGGAAUCACUGCCGCAGCUGGUUAUCAGGCCGAGUAUCAUGUAUACCUCGUUGGUCUUGAUAUUGAAGAGAAGGCUGCAUUUACAGAAGCCCAAAUUCUCGAGUCUCUUGGGGAAGAGCAACUUAAGAAAUUUUCUAUGCUUAAGUUCCACGUCAACGGAUCUUCACCAAUUGACGCACGAAACCAGGAUGUUGCUACUGUUGACUUCCGUGUCUUCGCACAAAGCCCUGAUCGAGACCUUCUCCGGAUGACGAAUCCCGACGGGUUCUUCAGGCGUUCCAUGACUACGUUCCUCGAAGGUGUUCCAGGUGCGUCUUUGGGCAAUGAUAUGCGCCAAGCCGAAGGAAAGCCAUAUUAUGAGUACUGGGUUACUCUAUUCCCUCAGUCUGCAAUCAACCAUCGUGUGCACUGCCUCUUUGGCAAGCAACGCAUCACUGCCAUGGGUAUUCCACCCAAAACACAGGAAUACCCACGCCAGCAACCAUCCUACGAAACCAAGGACCCCGUUGACCUAUCUAGUUUUGGCGAAACCGUCCGCGCUCCCCUUGGAUACGUCGUCCUCGGCCGCGGAGGCGACAAAGCCUCAGAUUGCAACAAUGGCUUUUUCGUCCGCCAUGAUGAUGAGUGGGAUUGGCUAAGAAGUUUGUUGACUGUUGACAAGAUUAAGGAUCUGCUUGGUCCUGAGGAAUAUGUAGGCAAGCUGAUUGAUAGGUUCGAGAUCCCGAAUCUUAGGGCAGUGCACUUCCUAUUGCACGAUCAUCUGGACCGUGGAUAUAAUGCUUGCUCGACUUAUGACACGCUAGGAAAGAACUGCAUGGAAUACCUGCGGGCGAAGACUGUUGACAUCCCUAAGAAGUUCUUAGAUCGUGGGAGGAUCUAGACUGUUUCUAGAGAUGAGUGAAUGAAUG